AUGGACACUUCUUUGGAAACCGUUGAACUAGAUAAUGAUUCUACAGUAGUUAAUACUCCUUUUCAAAAUGAUACAGAUUCUCGAUCACAUGCCACACCUUUAAAAAGAAUGGUUGCGGCUUGUAGUGGAGCUUUAUUUACUUCGCUAUUCACCACCCCGUUUGAUGUUAUUAAAACUAGGUUACAAUCUCAAAGUUUGUUCCCUACUUCAUUAACAAGUACAAGUUGUUGUAGCGAAGUUUUGUUUUCAACACGGAAUUUAAGACGAGAAUUUCUCUGCCAUUUAAAUUUGCCUCGUGUUUCUUCUAAUCAAGCAUCGAGACUUAGUUGUACUGUAGCUGGUGCUACUACAUUAACUCCUAGUCGCCGGAUAGCUGGAAAUCUUAAUGGUUCAUUGGAUGGAAUGGUUAAGAUUGUUCGACAUGAAGGAAUUACAUCAUUAUGGCGAGGAUUAUCACCUGCACUUGUAAUGUCCAUUCCUGUAACUGUAAUAUAUUUCGUAGGUUAUGAUUAUUUGCGAGAUUCGCUAUGGGCGAAUUGGAAAGGAAAAUAUUCUGAAACCUAUUCACCUUUGAUUGCUGGGGCAUCGGCAAGAACAAUUGCUGUUACUGUGAUAUCACCGCUAGAAUUGUUUCGUACAAGAAUGCAAGGACCUGAAGGUGUAAAUGGUUUAAAAGAGGUGAUGAAAGGAAUACAAAAAAUGGCAAAGGUUAAUGGUGUCUCAUCACUAUGGCGAGGUUUAGAACCUUCAUUAUAUCGGGAUGUACCAUUUUCUGCAAUUUAUUGGACUGGAUAUGAAUUGACAAAAAGAUAUUUAAAUAAUUAUAUGUAUGAAAAUAACAUUGACAAUAAAUUUGCAGUUUCAUUUUUAAGUGGAGCUACUUCCGGAUCGAUUGCUGCCGCGUUGACAACGCCUUUUGAUGUAGCGAAGACCAGACGACAAGUAACAAGUGAUCAGAUGAAGAGACCACAUAUGCAUAAAGUAUUAAAACAAAUUUUUCAGGAGGAAGGCUAUAAAGGGUUAUUUAGGGGCGGAACUCUUAGAAUAUCCAAAGUAGCAGCUAGUUGUGCCAUUAUGAUUUCAACUUAUGAAGCACUUAAAAUGACUUAA